AUCAGAGUCUCGUCUCCCUACUCCUCAGUACCCCCAGCCAUCUCCUCGACUUCUCACCCCCACGCUGGCCUCUCCCAUUUCAGAAAUCGCAAUUCAUCCCGUCUCCUCGUCUUCUGUUCUCCAUCAAUCUAACUUUCAAUUCCAAGACAAGAGAGAUUUAUUAGGGUUAAAUAGAGGAACGGAAGAUGAAUCUUUUAGUUUUCCAUCUCUUUUUCUCCAUAACUCCAAACCGAAUGAUCCAGCGACCAUCAUCAAUCAACACCUCCUCCUGCUGCCACCAAAUCAAGCAAUCGAUCGAUUCAACUAUUGGUCGAUUCAUCCAAGGCUUUUCCAUCAAUGGAUCAAGAAAACUGUGUCUUGAAUCAUAAUGCAAAUGAUGCUUCUCCCAUUCAACCUUGCCCCAACUCCAAUGCUGCACCAGAAGACACACCUGUUGCAAUUGACACUCAGGUUCAAAAUGAGCCUGGAAAUGGAGUCAACAACAAUGGUGGUGGUGAGCAGGGCACUGAUGCCAAAGGUGGUAAUGAAGGAAAAGUGUAUUCUGAAUGGUGGGCUCAUUACACCAAAGUAGAAGUUAACAAGAAAAAGAAGGCUCAAUGCAAAUAUUGCAAUCGGUUAGUUCUUGGAGAUCCGAAGCAAGGGACAAGCCAUCUUAAGAAGCAUUAUGAAAGAUGUCCCAAACGCAAGGUUACAGUGGUGAUUUCAGCAUACACCAGCAGUGAUAUUUGCCUUGUGCCUUUUCUUUUUUGUUUGAUUAUGAACAAGUACUAAUCCAAAGUAUUUCUAUACUUUUGGAUUUCAAAGGGAGACGUUUGAUUUGUGGUUUGAGAUUUUGAACUCUGCAC